AUGGAUCGCAUUAAGGAGGUUUUCAAUAGCAGCAUGGUUGAUUUCCGGAAAAAAUUGAGCGGAUACAAGGAAAAGAUACUGCAGAAACUUCACUUGUCAAAGGAGCAAAGAAAAGAGCUUGUAGAAAGACUGAAGGUGCCCAGGUUCAAAGGCGUAUUCAAGAAAGCUGCACACCAAUGGAUGUCUGAUACAUGUAUCAACUUCAUACCGACCAAAUUCGCGCAAGACAGCAUUCGAGUAUUUGCGGAAGACGGAUGUUGGUCUUUCGUUGGUAGACUUGGUGGUGUGCGAAACCUCUCCCUGGGUCAAGGCUGUGAAUCGGUAUGA